AGAUGUGCAUCUACUGCCCCUGUGCCUCGCAUAACUACGCAUUAUACAAUUCAUCCUCGGGACAAGGACAAACGAUGGGAAGGGGUAAACAUGGAAAGAUUUGCAGAGGAAGCUGAUGUUGUCGUUGUUGGAGCAGGCCCUGCGGGUCUUUCUGCAGCUAUUCGACUCAAACAGUUAGCUGCUGAGCACAGCAAAGAAAUACGUGUUUGUCUGGUGGAAAAGGCUUCUCAGAUUGGUGCGCAUACGCUGUCUGGUGCUUGUCUUGAGCCAAGGGCCUUACAAGAACUCUUUCCGGACUGGAAGGAGCGGGGGGCUCCACUUCAUACCCCUGUAACUGAAGACAAGUUUGGAAUUUUAACAAAGAAAUUCAGAAUUCCAGUGCCAAUUCUUCCAGGACUUCCAAUGGUCAAUCAUGGAAAUUACAUAGUACGUCUGGGCCACUUCGUGAGUUGGCUCGGCGAACAAGCAGAAGCUUUGGGUGUUGAGAUUUAUCCAGGCUAUGCAGCAGCUGAGGUUCUUUUUCAUGAAGAUGGUAGUGUGAAAGGGAUAGCAACUAAUGAUGUAGGCAUUCAAAAGGAUGGAGCACCUAAAGCUACCUUUGAAAGAGGCUUGGAACUCCAUGCUAAAGUCACGGUCUUUGCUGAAGGUUGUCAUGGGCAUCUAGCCAAACAGCUGUACAAAAAAUACAAUCUAAGGGAGAAAUGUCAACCCCAGAGCUAUGGCAUUGGACUGAAAGAGUUAUGGAAUAUUGAUGAAAAGAAAUGGAAACCAGGAAGAGUAGAACAUACUGUAGGCUGGCCUUUAGACAGGCAUACCUAUGGAGGAUCCUUUCUUUAUCACUUAAAUGAGGGUGAACCUUUAGUUGCUCUUGGAUUUGUGGUUGGUUUAGAUUAUCAAAAUCCCUAUUUGAAUCCAUUUAGGGAGUUUCAGAGGUGGAAGCACCAUCCUAGUGUACAGCCUACUUUGGAGGGUGGAACAAGGAUUGCCUAUGGUGCCAGAGCAUUGAAUGAAGGUGGUUUGCAGUCAAUACCCAAACUCACCUUCCCAGGUGGAUUACUAAUUGGUUGCAGUCCUGGACUCAUGAAUGUUCCUAAGAUUAAAGGGACACAUACUGCAAUGAAAAGCGGCAUGUUGGCUUCAGAAGCCAUCUUUAGCCAAUUAAUCGAUGAAAAUCUCCAAUCAAAGACAAUAGGACUUGAUGUGCAAGAAUAUGAAGAGAACCUGAAAAAGUCCUGGGUCUGGAAAGAGCUGCAUGCGGUUCGAAACAUCCGACCAUCCUGCCAUAGCAUCCUUGGAGUGUAUGGAGGAAUGAUUUACACAGGUGUAUUUUACUGGCUACUGAGAGGAAUGGAACCGUGGACAUUAAAACAUCCAGGACCAGAUUUUGCACAGCUCAAGCCAGCCAAAGAUUGCACGCCUAUUGAAUACCCAAAGCCUGAUGGAAAAAUCAGUUUUGAUCUCCUGUCGUCUGUGGCUUUAAGUGGUACGAACCACGAACACGACCAGCCUGCUCAUUUAACUCUCAAAGAUGACAGCAUCCCUGUGAGCAGGAAUUUGGCUGUUUUCGAUGGACCGGAACAAAGAUUUUGUCCAGCAGGCGUUUAUGAAUAUAUUCCUCUGGAAACAGGAGAAGGAUCAAGACUGCAGAUAAAUGCUCAGAACUGUGUCCACUGCAAAACCUGUGAUAUUAAAGACCCAAGUCAAAACAUUAACUGGGUAGUGCCUGAAGGUGGAGGAGGACCAGCUUAUAAUGGGAUGUAAACCGAUGGGAAAUCUAUUCAGUGAUUUCUGAUCACCAACAAAUAAGUUGGAGUAUUUUAUGCUGCAUUGUAAUUACAGUACAGCACUGACUUGAAUGUUAAAGAGUUUGUGGCUAAUGUGCCAUUCUGAAUUUUAGGUAUGACUGCUGCAUUAAUUGGAAAGUUGGUGCCUUCCGGUUAAACCCUAGCCUUAUUUAAAUAGAACUUCUUUACAGGAGUUGUGUGGCAGGCAGAAGAAAGUUCUUCUCAGGACUGACAAAGGAACUUUGGAUCUUGGAUUUAUUGCUGAAGUUCAGUGAUAACAGGAGCCAUAUCCAGAAUUGUGGGUAUGGUGGAAGAAUUUAGUACCUACCCUUAAAAAAAAAAAAGUAUUUUCUCUCUAUCUGGAGUGAUUUACUAUAUGUAAUCCUACCCUGCAGUAGGGAAAAUACUGUCGCUGCUUUUAAGUGUCACACAUU